AUGCACGGCCGCUUGACCGGCCGGGAGACGCUCUACCUGUUCGGCCGCCUGAGGGGCCUCAACGACAAGACCAUCGACGAGGCCGUCGACAAGAUCAUCACGGAGCUGAACCUGACCGUCGAUGCUAACGUGAUGACCCAUAAGUACAGGUGCGUGCAGUCGCAGGUAAAACGGUAUGGGUGUCACCGACACACCCACUGAUUAUGGGUGUCACCGACACACCCACUGAUUAUGGGUGUCACCGACACACCCACUGAUUAUGGGUGUCACCGACACACCCACUGAUUAUGGGUGUCACCGACACACCCACUGAUUAUGGGUGUCACCGACACACCCACUGAUUAUGGGUGUCACCGACACACCCACUGAUUAUGGGUGUCACCGACACACCCACUGAUUAUGGGUGUCACCGACACACCCACUGAUUAUGGGUGUCACCGACACACCCACUGAUUAUGGGUGUCACCGACACAGCCACUGAUUAUGGGUGUCACCGACACAGCCACUGAUUAUGGGUGUCACCGACACAGCCACUGAUUAUGGGUGUCACCAACACACCCACUGAUCCACUAAAGGGAUUUCGUACUAUAACUUAAAGUUUAGAACGAAACUUUGAAUGUCUGUAAUUUGGCUAAUACCAAUUUAAAUGACACCCAAAUAAAAUAAAAAAGUUUGUUACGAUAAAAAAAGGCCAAAUUCAGAUCCCAAAAAAGGCCAAAUUCAGACCAAAAAGGCAAAAUUCAGACCCAAAAAAGGACAAAUUCAGACAAAAAAAGGCCAAAUUCAGACCAAAAAAGGCCAAAUUCAGACAGGUUGCUUCAGUGGACAAAGUGAUUGAGCUUAUGUCUAUACUAGGACAAGGUCUGCAGGUUUGAUAUUUUGGUCCUUAUGAAGUUAAGUCCAAAAAUUAAUGACGUAUAUUAUAUCAUUAACACCAGAUCGUAAAAGAGGUAAACAGUUAUAAUGUCACAUGAACUUUUUGGAAGGAUUUGUUGAAAGGAAUUGUGAUACAAAUUGUCAUUCCUCGGAUAUCAAUGUUAACACAAUCUCAGCUGUAAUAUCCGUACCUAAAGACAAUUUUAGAGAAGCUUUUGAUAGCGUCCUAGACAAAGCUCGUCAUUACAAACUUUUUAAAAAGCCCAGAAACACUGACCAAUUGAGAGAAGAAAAGUUUAUUGUUAAGUCAGUUAUUGCGGAUACUGUUUUUACUGUUUCCCUGGUGUAACUCAUAAGACAAAACAUGGCCGUACAAGAUGGUGAUAAUGGCUUUGCAGAUCUGGUCAAGCGACAGCCCUAUGGGGUCAAUUCGGAAAAAUUUGAGCUAAUCCGGACUGAAAUUGUGUCGAUUAAUGAGACACAAAGAAUUAGUGUAAAUAAAACAACAUAUGUUAAGCUCUAAUUAUUACUACCACAUCAUCAACAUCAUUAUCAUCAUAGCUGGCGCUACAGUCCUGCUCCAUCACACCCUUCCAUUCGGAACGAUACAUGGCUUUCCGCCUCCAUGCGCGAACCCCCAACUGGGGGAAAUCUUUCUCUGCAUGGUCGAUCCAUCUCAGCCUUGGGCGACCGGUGAGUCCUCUGUCCCUUGGUUUCUGCCUGCAUAUCACUUUUGCUGCUCUAUAUUCCAACAUCCUUUCAAUAUGUCCUGCCCAGCGCAGUCUGACUUUUUUUUAAAUUGUUGCGACUAUGGAUGGGUCUUUGUACAAUUUGUAUAGCUCUUGGUUUGUAUGGAUUCUCCUGACAUCAUUUGCCAUCAGUGGGCCGCAUAUUUUUCUGAGGCAUUUCGUCUCCCAUGUAUUGAGAAGGUUUUCUGCUUUUUUUUUCUAGUAAGGGUCCUAGUCUCACUAACGUAAGUUACUACAGGUCUUAUGAUGGUGGUGUAUAUUGUCUUCUUUGUUCCCCUUGAUAAGUUUUUGUUUCCCAGUAGCUUGUGUAGACUGAAAUAAGAACGGUUGCCUGCUGUUAUCCCUUCUUUUACCACCGACAUUAUUUCAUUGUGCUCCUUUAGAGUUGUCCCUAGAUAUUGGAAUGUAGCCACACUCUCAAAUUUGUGGUUGUUUGUAUUGAUGUUGUCAUCAAUUACUACUACACAAAAUACAAAAUUCAAACGUUUCGGUAAAUUAAUGCCUUCAUUGGUACAACAACAAAACAUUUAUAUAAGAAUAAAUUAAAAUUUAAUUUAUACUUAUUUGAAUAUUUUUGAAGGUACAUCAAAAAUGUAUAAUGCUUUUAAGGUUAUUAUUUUUUUACGGACAAAGUGACAACUUGGGUCAUACAAAAAUUACUCCGCACCCCCCCCCCCCCACUUUUUAGUAUUAAUAGGCUUAAUUUUUUAAAAAAUAAGUUUAACAACAUCCCCCCCCCCCCCCCUUUACAGCCACGCCUCCAAAAGGAAGAUGAGUGUCGGGAUGGCCCUGAUGGGUCACCCCAAAGUGUUGCUCAUGGACGAGCCGACGCUGGGACUAGACGUGGCCACCAGCCGGCAGAUAUGGAAACUUUUAACCAAACUGAGAGACGAAGG